GUAUUUGUCAAAGGUUGUUCUGUCUAAUCCUGACACAGUCUGUCUAUAAUUGCACAUACCUGCAGGUUUCACCUGAAACCACAUGAUCACAAACAUGUUUCUAAACAGACACAGAAAUUCAUUCUCAGUAUAACUGCCCUUAAAACUUUCUACCUAAUUUCUAUCUACUGUACAAAAUCAGAGUAGGAUUAUAGCUUUUUACAGAAAAACAAGGUCAGUAACAGUUAUUCUCAUGAAAGCUAUAUAAAUAUCUGUUGUGUGUAUAGUUUGCAUACUGUACUGUUUUAGUUAUAAACUCCCGCUCCAGUGUUUGCUCAGUCUGCUCUUCUCAGUCUGGCCUCAGUCCAAAACCACACCUACUGCAGCCUGAGAAGCAGGAAGUUCCUCCCACUUUCACACACAGACGACUGUGAGAGAAAACGAAACUGAAUCCUAUCAGUGUUCGUGGUAAAAUGGCAGAAGCCAGUUCCGCACUGGAUCAGAACCAGUUCAGCUGCCCAGUCUGUCUGGAUCUACUGAAGGAUCCAGUGACUAUCAACUGUGGACACAGUUACUGUAUGAGCUGCAUUAAGAGCUGCUGGGAUCGGGAGGAUCAUGCUGGAGUUUACAGCUGCCCCCAGUGCAGACAGACCUUCACACCCAGACCUGUUCUGGGCAGAAACACCAUAUUGGCUGAAGUGGUGGAGAAACUGAAGGAGACUGGAAUACAAGCAGCUACUCCUGCUGACCAUUAUGCUAGACCUGGAGAUGUGGAGUGUGACAUCUGUACUGGGAGAAAACACAAAGCUGUCAAGUCCUGCCUGGUGUGUCUGGCCUCCUACUGUGAAACUGACCUGCAGCUUCACAAUAAACUCCAUCAUGCAAAACAACACAAGCUCAUUGAUGCCACCAGUCAUCUGAAGGACAAGGUCUGUUCCCGCCACGACAAACCCCUGGAGGUCUACUGCCGUACCGACCAGCAGUGCAUCUGUCUGCUGUGUGUGAUGGAUGAACACAGAGGCCAUGAUACAGUCUCAGCUGCUACAGGAAGGGCGGAGAUACAGAAACAAAUGGGUGAAACUCAGAGGGAAUUUCAGCAGAGAAUUCAGAUGAGAGAGAAGGAGCUGCAGGAGCUGAGAGAGGCUGUGGGCUCAUUCACAAGCUCAGCACAGUCAGCAGUGGAGGACAGCGAGAGGAUCUUCACUGAGAUGAUCCGCUCCAUUGAGAGAAGACGCUCUGAGGUGACAAAGCUGAUCAGAGAUCAGGAGAAGGCUGCAGUGAGUCAGGCUGAAGGAGACAUGAAGAGACUGAAGCAGGAGAUCGAUGAACUGAAGAGGAGACACUCUGAGCUGGAGCAGCUUUCACACACAGAGGAUCACAUCCAUUUCCUCCAGAGGCGCCAGGCUCUUCCUGUCACCCCUGAAGUUGGAUUUGGACCCAGAAUCUCUGUCAGUCCAAGAUCUGAUUUUGGGAAUUUGAGGAAGGUGGUUUCUGAACUGAAAGAUCAACUGGAGAAUGUUUGCAGAAUGAAAAUGGCAGAGAUCCAUCACCCAGUUACCAAAGACACCGUCCUACCGGUAUCAGUGCCCAGGACCAGAGCAGAAUUCUUUCAAUACUCCUGCCAGCUGACGCUGGACCCCAACACAGCAUACAGAGACCUGUCUCUGUCAGAGGGGAACAGGAAGGUGACACGGGGGGCAGAGCAGCCAUAUCCUGAUCAUCCAGAGAGAUUUGACUGCUGCACCCAAGUUCUGUGCAGAGAGAGUCUGACUGGUCGCUGUUACUGGGAGGCUGAGUGGAGUGGAAAUGGAGCCCGGAUAGGAGUGACUUAUAAAGGAAUCAGGAGGAAAGGACGGAGUUAUGACUGUGGGUUUGGAGCCACUGACAAGUCAUGGAGUCUGCGCUGCUCUCCUCACAGUUACUCUGUCUGGCACAAUAAUAAACAGACUCUCAUACCCAUAGAGCCCUCAGGCUCCCGCAGAGUAGGAGUGUAUCUGGACUGGGGGGCUGGUACUCUGUCCUUCUACAGAGUCUCCUCUGAUGGACUGACCCUCCUGUACAGCUUCACCUCCUCAUUCACUGAGCCCCUUUAUCCAGGAUUUUGGGUUUUUAAGGACUCCUCUGUGUCCCUGUGCAUGCUGGGAUAGCUAACUGUGUGCUGGAGGAAUCAUUUUUACCUUAUCAGAGUGUCACAUGUCGCUGCUUUUAAAAUCUCUGCUUUUUACCAGUAUAACCCUUUUUACUCUGUCUGAAGUGUGAUGUAUGUCAGACAAAAACAAAUGAAUGUUUGUUCAGCUUGCCAAACCCAUGCAAAAUGACUCUUUUUCGCUGACUUAUGUUCCAUGUUGUCUCUGAAUGCACCAAAACUGCCAAAACAAAAUCAUAGUAGAUGCAGUUGUACCAAUAGAGUGAAUUUUGAUUCUGAAUAAAAUAAAAUGUAAUGAAAUGUAAUCCUGAUGAGUGGGGGGGGGGCUUUUCCCCUCCCCUCUAUAGGUAUAUUUUAUAUAUUUCUGUCUAUAUAUUGUAUUUUCUAGCUGUAUACUGACAAUAAAGGCUUCUUAUUCUGUCCUAUUAAUGUCCCGGUUCAGCGCUGCCCAGAGUGUAACUGAGUAACACACUUAAUCCGCGCUCUCUGGUGACUGAGCGCAGCUUCCUGAUAUCGCAGCGGUGAUGCUUUGGCCAGCAGGGGGCGGCAGAUGACAGACAUUUUAUUAACUCAAAACCUACAGCGGUCCUGAGGUAACUGAGUAAAGAUAAAUAGUAUAAUCAAAAGUUAACUUAGUAAACAUCCAUUAUCUAUACUGCUUCAUCCAUCUGGGUCACAGGGAAGCUGGAGCCAAUCCCAGCAUCUUCGGGCGAGAGGCGGGGUACACCUUGGGCAGGCCGACAGUCCACCACAGGCAAACAGCCACACACACUCCUAUGGACAAUUAAGAGUAGCCAGGUGACCUAACCUGCAUUUCUU